GGGAGCUAGCCGUCGCCGCCUGGCCACGGCGGCUCCGCUCCGUACGGACAAUCCAGACGGGCUGAGCCAUCCCCGCCUCCCCUGGAGCCGCCUGGGCCGGGGAUGGGGAACACGGAGAGCGGGGAGCCGGGCGGGGGGUCCGGGCUGCUGCCGCCCCCGCCGGGGAGAGUCCCCAUGCCGGAUCAGGGGGAGCUGGAAGAGCGAUUCGCGAUGGUGCUGAGCUCCAUGAAUCUCCCUCCUGACAAGGCCCGUCUUCUCCGGCAAUAUGACAACGAGAAGAAAUGGGACCUUAUUUGCGACCAGGAAAGGUUUCAAGUGAAGAAUCCACCUCACACAUAUAUCCAGAAAUUGAAGAGCUUCCUCGAUCCAGGAGUCACCCGGAAGAAGUUCCGUCGGAGAGUGCAGGAAUCCACCAAAGUGCUAAGGGAGCUGGAAAUCUCUCUAAGGACUAAUCACAUUGGAUGGGUGCGUGAAUUUCUCAACGAUGAAAACAAAGGCCUGGACGUGCUGGUGGACUACCUCUCAUUUGCUCAGUGUGCAGUGAUGUUUGAUUUUGAGGGUCUGGAAAAUAGCGAGGAUGGAGCGCUAGAGAAGCUGAAAUCUUGGAGCAGGUCCAUAGAGGAUCUGCAGCACCCCAGCACCCUGUCUGCUCCCUACGCCAACAGUCUUGCUCGCUCUGCGCGCCAGUCUGCUCUCCGAUACACCACACUUCCCAGCAGAAAAGCUCUGAAGAACUCACGGCUGGUGAGCCAGAAAGAUGACGUCCACGUGUGCAUCUUGUGUUUACGGGCUAUCAUGAACUAUCAGUAUGGAUUCAAUUUGGUUAUGUCACAUCCUCAUGCUGUUAAUGAGAUAGCCCUCAGUUUGAACAAUAAAAACCCCAGGACAAAAGCGCUGGUAUUAGAACUGCUGGCAGCUGUGUGUCUUGUGCGAGGCGGCCAUGAGAUCAUUUUGGCUGCCUUUGAGAACUUCAAGGAGGUAUGCAAAGAGCAGCAUCGCUUUGAGAAACUGAUGGAAUAUUUCCGUAAUGAGGAUAGCAAUAUUGACUUCCUGGUAGCCUGCAUGCAAUUCAUCAACAUUGUGGUCCACUCAGUAGAGGACAUGAACUUCCGAGUGCACUUACAGUACGAGUUCACCAAGCUGGGUUUGGAAGAGUUCUUACAGAAGUCAAGGCACACAGAAAGUGAAAAGCUGCAAGUGCAGAUUCAGGCCUACCUGGACAAUGUGUUUGAUGUAGGUGGGCUGCUAGAAGAUGCUGAGACCAAGAAUGUGGCUUUGGAGAAAGUGGAAGAAUUGGAAGAGCACUUAUCACAUUUGACAGAAAAGCUGCUGGAUCUGGAGAAUGAGAACAUCAUGCGGGUGGCUGAGUUGGAGAAACAACUGUUGCAGCGAGAAAAGGAAUUGGAGAUUGUCAAGGAGACCUAUGAGAGUGCCAGCAACCAAGUUCAUACACUGCGCAGAAUUAUCAAGGAGAAGGAGGAAGCCUUCCGGCAUCACUAUACCUCGCAUCCAAUGGGGAGUGACCACUUGCCGCUGCCACCACCUCCAGAAGCAGAGAUCAACUUCAGCGACAUCUCUGAGGAUGAACUCUGCCUCCCGGUCCUGCCUCCCGUGGAGGCUGCCCCUCCUCCACCCCCUCCUCCGCCACCUCUUCCCCCACCCCCUCCUCCAUUACCAGAUAAGUGUCCACCAGCUCCACCACUUCCUGGCACAUCUCCCUCAGUGAUCCUCACGAUGGGCUUAUCAGCAAUCCGGAUUAAGAAGCCCAUCAAGACCAAGUUCCGCUUGCCAGUUUUUAACUGGACAGCACUGAAGCCCAACCAGAUCAGCGGCACGGUCUUCAGUGAACUGGAUGAUGAAAAGAUCUUGGAGGACCUUGACCUGGACAAGUUUGAGGAGCUCUUUAAGACCAAGGCACAGGGCCCCGCCAUUGAUCUUCUUUGCUCUAAAAACAAGGCAUCGCACAAAGCAGUCAACAAAGUGACCCUGUUGGAGGCCAACCGGGCCAAGAACCUUGCCAUCACGUUGCGUAAGGCAGGCAGGACCACAGAGGAGAUCUGCAAAGCCAUCCACACGUUUGACCUGAAGACAUUACCGGUGGACUUUGUGGAGUGCCUCAUGCGCUUUCUGCCAACAGAGAAUGAGGUCAAACUGCUACGCCAGUAUGAGAAGGAGCGGAAGCCAGUGGAGGAAUUGUCGGAUGAGGACCGCUUCAUGCUGCACUUCAGCAAAGUGGAGCGCCUGACCCAGCGCAUGGCCAUUAUGGCUUUCCUGGGCAACUUCAGCGAAAACAUCCAGAUGCUCAUGCCGCAACUCAGUGCCAUUAUUGCUGCCUCGGCGUCCGUCAAAUCGUCACAGAAGCUCAAGCGAAUGCUAGAGAUCAUCCUGGCCCUUGGCAACUACAUGAACAGCAGCAAACGCGGCUCUGUUUACGGGUUCAAACUGCAGAGUCUGGACCUGCUGUUGGACACCAAGUCAACCGACCGGAAGCUGACUCUCCUACAUUUCAUUGCCAUGAUGGUGAAGGAGAAAUACUCUGAGUUGAGCACCUUCUGGCAGGAACUGCACUUUGUGGAAAAAGCAGCUGCAGUGUCCCUGGAGAACGUGUUGCUGGACGUGAAGGAGCUGGGGCGUGGGAUGGAGCUGAUUCGGCGGGAAUGCAGUUUACACGAACAUAGUAUCCUGCGUAACUUCUUGAGUGCCAAUGAGGGGAAGUUGGACCGACUCCAGAAAGAUGCUAAGACUGCAGAGGAGGCCUACAACACGGUUGUGCGCUAUUUUGGUGAGAGCCCCAAGACGACACCGCCCUCUGUUUUCUUUCCGGUCUUUGCACGUUUCAUCAGAUCCUACAAGGAUGCAGAGCAAGAGAAUGAACUGCGCAAGAAGCAGGAACAGGCCCAAAGGGAGCAGGCAUUGGCCCAAGAAGCCAAGAGGCUGGAGAAGCGCAACAAAUGGCAGCAGCAAGAGUUAAUUGCUGAGCUGAGGCGGCGCCAAGCCAAGGACCACCGGCCUGUCUAUGAAGGCAAAGAUGGGACCAUUGAGGAUAUUAUUACAGUGCUGAAGAGUGUCCCCUUCACUGCCCGCACAGCGAAGCGGGGCUCUCGCUUUUUCUGCGAGCCAUCUCACCACGAGGAGCCCAACUGUUAGCUCCACUCACCCCCCAUCAAAGAUUCCUACAUGCCCUGCCUUUCCAACUGGCGAAUGCUGCACUCCGGUGGCCCAGACCUUGUUCUUUUUUGCCAAAGAAGCAACUUCCGUUCUUUCAAAGACUUUCAACUGAAGGAUCCAAGGGACAUUUAAGAAGUGCCUUCUGCGACAGUAUUAUUCUUACUCUCUUAUAAUUUAAGAUGUAUUUUUUAAUCUGUACAUACAUGAUCCUUCCUACCAGUCCCUUGCUCCUGCUGCCCCUCACGGAGUCAACUCAGACAGAUGGGACUGUUCUGGCUUUUGAGAAGGGCCUCGGGCCAGCAGGAGCCUGACACCCUCCUCUAGCGCCUCAAGCUUCAAGCAUCCAAACCAGAAUUGCACUUUGACCUUUCAACUUGUCUUUAAUGGAUGGAGACAAUGAGCACUAUCAUUGCUAGGCCCUGAUGUGUUGCAGCAGGGAAAAUCAAUCUCUGGUAGUAGGCCUUUGUAUACAGAUCAGGUCUUGUGGAAAAGCAUUAGUUUUUUUCAGGCGCGGUCUUCUGCAAUUGUGUGGUUUUCUCAGAACAGGCUGGGAGUUGGCACUGGGGAGUUUAACAGCUAGGCCUUGGUGGCCUUGGAAAACCACUGGAACCUUUCUUCCAAAGGGAAAAUAUAAUCAGACCAAAGUCUUAUGUCUCAACUGGACAAAAGUAACUGUGUUGAUACAGCAGGGAAAUUAUACUGACUAGCCAGCCCUUGGGGAUCUCAAGAAAAAUCCUGGGUAGGUUACCGGCUAUCUCAAUGUUUUAGAAAGUCUUACAAUUUUCCAAAGGAUCAAAUUCUGCUUCCUAUUUGUAUGUGGCAUGUUCUACUCAGUUCUUUUUACAGUUGGUGGACCAAAUAUUCUCCAAACGAAAUCAAGCAACGCUUCUUGAAGCCUUCAAAAUAAGCAGAAAUUAAGUUACUUGUGAAGGUUAUCCCUGAUGAAUUUAGCCCAAGACAUUUUGAUUCAUGAAUGAAAUGGAGACUGUUUUAAUUCAUUAAUGAAGGAUGAAAAUGGCAUUGUUCCCCACCAUCAGAGAAAGAACAAUGGACAGAAUUCACUGAACUUCUUCAGUGUAAGCCUUUUGAAAUGAAGGGAAUUCCUCAUAAUUUCAGGAAAUCCUGCACUGAAGAACUUCUCUAUAAAUAUUACCUCAUGGCUGGAUUGAUUCAACCUAGUAACUGAAUUAACCCAUUUUCUGGAUUUGUAUAAUAUGUUGAACCAGAAACUAUGGGAUAGGAUCACAUAGCUUGCUAAGCCACAAAAAAGCCUAGUUGAGGUGAAGGCUAACCAAACUUAGCAAUUUAUGCCAAUGUAGCAACUGAAUCUUGAACUAACUUGUUUAUGAAUACUGUGUGAGCCAAGGGAUUGAACUCAUUGAUCUCCCACUCCUCCAGCUUUAAGGUUGUUCAUAGAUAGCUGUUUCAUAUCACUACAGGUUGGAACCAUCUCUAACUCAACAUACAUUUGCAAUAAUUAUUAUGCUGAUUGAAACUAGGCUUACCAUUUCAGCCGUGAUGCUUUGAGACAAUCAAGUCUAGCUUCUCUUAACUUGCCUGAAAACAUACCUUCCAACCAAAGAUUUUGAAGUAUUACAGCUUAGGAUAAAGCCAUUUGACAUUGAUUAGGUUCUUCAACUGCUUUUAAUUCAGAGAACCAACUUGACUCCUUUUGUGUUUUAUGGCACUUUUUGCAGCUAGGAAGUAAAUAGGGUUAAAAGAUGCUUAAAUAGACCAGUCUUCAACUUGGUGCCAUCCAGACAUGUUGGACUACCCUUUCAGUUGAGUCAGCAUGGCUGAUUUACUUGGAGAACAUCAGGUUGGGGAAAGUUGAUACAAAGCUUAAUCCACCAAAGAGAUCUUUAGAUGGAGCUGGCUCCACUCUAGUAUUAUGAAGCUGUCUCUGCUUCUGAAGCCUAAUCUAGAGGGGAUCUCUUACUAUUCUCAUCUUAUGGAAGUUUAUGAACUAUGAUUUUAGCUUUACAUAAGAGCAUUUGCAUAACAGAUUGCCCCAAUAUGAUGUGGCCCUUAUCAGAUGGGAAGAUAAUUGGGAUUACUAAACAGCUUUGAUGUCCUGGUCAAUUACACAAGAGGUCUAUUGGAUCAGGCACACCUGAAACUAUAGAGCAUUCAUCUCGCUGAAAGUAUCCUCUGCAUAGACUUUCUGUAUUAAACUGUGCCAAAGAAUUACAUUGGUUCCUGCAAGUAAUCCAGUGCCUUAUGCUGAAACUGGAGGUGGGCUGCAUUGGGCCCUCCAGGGCCUUUGGUGCAGCCCUCCAUGAAUGUACUCAGCCUCUUUGAUCAUGCGUUUUUUACUUAUGUUGUAAUAGCUGUUUAUUCUUCAGCGUCCUCUCAGUGUAAAGGGUACUUCUGAACUGAGAGGGCUCUAUGGUUGCUCAGUCUGCUAGGAAAACCAGGGCACGGGUUGUACUCUUGUUAAAUCAGGAAGGGGAAAAGGAUGUCUUCUGAACUGCCCAGCAAUUUUAGUUGCACUGAGAUUGCUGAGAUGGGAGACUUUGUGGUGUGUGCACUGAGGUGGAUACAACUAGGUGGGUGUAGCCUUCAUCCAUGCAGCCCUCAGGACCACAAAGCCUCAGCCUGUGCACCCAACAAAAGUGUGGCUCUCUGGCAGGUUUAGCACUCUUGUUAGAUUUCUGACUGUGGAUCUGAAUCUUGUCCCUAAGGCCUGUGGUUUAGGAGAUGGCUCUGCAUUCCAGGGGAGAUCAGUGGCUCUGCCAAGCACAUGUUUUGCACUGGCGAAAAUUCCAGGCUCUACCCUGAGAAUGAUCUCCGGUAGGAGGCUGGGAAAAAUAGCUUUCUCUGUGAUUCUGGAGAGCUGCUGCAAAAGCUGAGGGUGCUGGGUAAUGCGAGGCCAGUGGUAUGGCUUUAUGAUGCUUUCCUGCACAUAAAGGGAGGGCCACUUAGGAGAGGCACAGGACUGCAGCCUUAGGAUGAGAUUCCCCCCAAAGUUUAGAACAGGGCACAACAGAGGUGAAUGGAUUGUACAGUGUUGGCACUUUGCGGAAUGGAACUCUUGAUUCCUUUUCCUUCCUCUCCUUCCCUCCCUCCCUCCUGUUCUUCCUUUCCUUUCCUUUCCUUUCCUUUCCUUUCCUUUCCUUUCCUUUCCUUCCUUCCUUCCUUCCUUCCCUCCCUCCCUCCCUUGCCACAUGUUAGACUUCCUCAUUCUAUUCCUUCUGUGACAGUGUAUGGAAAAAGGUUUUUUGGCUUUUAUUUCUGGCCUCUUGAUAUCAAAAUCUGAUUUUGAGUAAACUCUCCUCAAACAUUAAACACGGUAUUCAAAAUUCUAGUAUCAUUUGGAGGAAAUUAGCAAUAUGGUUAAGAUAUAAUCUCCCACUAGCCAAAUAAGUAUUAGCUAUCUCUACUUUGGAGGAGUGGGGGAAUUAUGCUACAUUAUAAUCACUUUGGGUUCUCUCAAUCAAAGAUGUAUCUGCCUCUUAAACCUGUGAACACAAGUUAAAUUGUGACUAGCCAUCUUUAUGGACUAUUGAUAAAGAUCCUUACCUCUUCAUCCACUGCAGUGUUUAUAAAUACAAAAACCACUGGUUUAGGGACACUUCCACUGAAAGCAAUCACAUUAACCUGCUUAAAAGGGGUUAUGUAUCUAAACCCCUAAAGUGAUUAUUAUAAUUUCAUCAAUGUAUAACUCUGUUCCUGGCCUCUGUGGUUAUCUUCUCUGUGUGCCUUGUUGCAAAGAGCAAAACUAAAUAUGCCAAGGAAACUGGCACUCCCCCGUUUCCACCCAUUCUUGAUGGGAUAAACACAGAAUGGGUGGGACCUCUACACCCUUUCUGCUUAUUCCUGAUAGCGUUGUCCUAACCUUAGUGCUCUUUCUAUGUAUUUGCACUCCUGACCCACUAAGCAAACUACGUUAAGAAUUGCCUUGCUGGUUGACACACAAAAUCCUAUUCCCAAUUGUGGCCAUCCAGAUGUUACCUAAAAGCUCAUGGCUCUAUGUUUACAAUCCUUAAUCAAGCCUUGUGACUAGUAAAAUAUUGUUUCAGAUGCCCACAUGCCCUCUGAGACCAGGCAGUAAAAGAGCUAAACUACAAAGAUCCUUGUACCUGUAUGUAUGGGAUUGACACAGGCGAAUAGUGUGCAGGAUUGACUGAGAAGAGUAAGUUAAACAAUGAGAUCGUGGGGACCACAAGCAGCCAAACUUGUGAACAUGUGCCAAAAGGAAGCAUGACUGGAAUCUAAGAACAUUGGAUUGGAACAUUUGCUAGGUAACAUCUUGGUGAGGGCUGAGAAGUGAGCAAUGCAUUCAAGGUCAGUCAAAAAGCUUGAGAAGGGCUGCCUUAUUCUCAAGCCCUUGGACAAGGGGUGUGAGCAAAUUGGAAAUAGCGUUGCAAAGGUUUGGGGGUCAGCAUUAUCCCUAGGUAGCUCCUCUAAAGGCAGCUUUUCAGCAUGGUGCCCCAGGCAGAGCUGUAAAGCUCAUGACAUCAACACCCAUGCAGUUAUUUGGUUCAGGGUUUCUUCACUCUCAGUUACUACUUUAACUACUUAGCUGAGCUUGCAAGGAGAUCCAGAGACCAAGGACUCAUUCACACCUGGAUGCUCAACACCAUCAUGCGUGUUUUUAGGUUGCUUUCCCAUAUUCACUUGGAGAUAAAUCACCCUGAACACAACAGUGUCGAUUUUGAAGUAGGCUGGCAUAGAGUUGCAUUGUGAAUGCGAACCCAACGCAUCAUCUCAAAUGAUGGCCUAAAGCCAUACAUUGAUUGUAUGAACAUGCAUAUAUUUUGCGUGACCAAUGCGUCCUAACUUUAAUAGCACCACAGCUUAUUCCUUACAGAAUGACAAGAGCUUUAUACCAUUCCUUCAUCCAAGGGGCUCAGGGUACUGUACUGUAUGCAGUUAUUGGAGACAACCAACAGGGCAAAUUAUGCCCUGCUUCUGUGCUUCCAAGAUACAUCUGGAUGGCUGCACUUGGCAACAAGAUGAUGGGUGUCUCCCUGAGAGAUGUCUACAACAAAGUGGUCCUCUUCAGAGAACAGUGGCAUUGUAAAAACAAUCAAUAAAAGCAAGGCAUGCACAAUUUUCUAGAGGACAUGCUACAAUCAGUGGCCACUGGACUUUUUGCCUGGCACAAGGGCCAAGCAUCGUGGCUUCCUGCUGUGGUGCAGCCAAAGGCCAAAAGAUGCUCUGCCCUUCAGAAUAUUUGCUUUUUCUAGCAUGAGAACUUAAGAUCCAGCUCCUAAAAUGAAAACCAGCAAGUGUGAAAAUGUCCUUAGAAAUAAGAAUGAACCUGACACUAUUUCAGUGCUAAGUGGAAAGCCCGGGGAGAAGGUUGGGGUUGUAGCCACUUUGAUUUCUGGAACAAACACUAGUAUUUUCCCCCAAUAAACCAAAUGGGACCAAUUCUCCUCUGCCUUCUCCCAAAAGUUUUUGACCCUGUUAAUGGCAACGCUAAUUCCAAGCAGGCAGGGUAUUCCUGCUAUUGCUUCUGGACCGUUUACAGCAUAUUCACUUCAGCGUAGUCCUUUUGUGUAGCUAGAUGUAACUUUUUUGUACAUGUGAAAAUUAUUGACUAUACUGUAAGCCAGUGCCUUCCUCCCUCUUGAACUGUACAGAAUUUCUACUAAUGGGAGAAGGGGAAAAAUAAAACAGAACCAAAGCCUACAU